AUGGAGACAUACAACGGCCACGUCCGUACCCCAACAGAUGCCAUUAUCCUUUUCGAAGCCUGCCGAUUAGGUAUUCUACCUCGAGUUCAACGGCGUUUGUCCGAAAAGGAGAGGCAGUCGAUCAGAUCAGGUUCCGUCUUUGUUUGGGAUGAGCGGGAAGCAGGCAUGCGAAGAUGGACUGAUGGCAAGAGUUGGAGUGCGAGUCGCGUUUCAGGCAGCUUUCUGACGUACCGAGAAAUGGAAGGUAAACGUGGAGGAAAUUCUUUCGUUGCGCCGGCGAACCGAGUAUCUAAGACUCCUGACAGCGCAAACGACGAUCCGAUGGCUGGAGAGGGUGAAGAAGGCCCUGAUGGAUAUCGCUACAAGCCAGACGGGCUGAUGAAGCAAUCAUUCAGCAUCACGACUUCCUCGGGCCAACACUUGCAUCUGAUCAGCUACUACUCGAGAUCACACCCUACAACUCAGGUCCUACGACAACCCAGUACAGAUCCGAAUCUUGCUUCGAUUCAGCCACCAAAAGGGAUGUAUCCGGAAUCAACCAUCAAUGAUCAGUCUUCGGUCCCUGCUGUUACACGAUCACCCAUGGUUGGUGCACCUGGUUAUGUGAUGAGCCCGGGAGCUCCAGGAUACCACAGGCCUCCCUCUCACCCUCACGCCGCCUAUUUACCUCCGGGCUACAUUCCUCAUCCCGCCUACCUCUAUCCAAUCAGUCCCAUGCACACUCCCCAAGGGCCAUAUGCCUUGCAGCCUUAUGCGACGCUGCCUCCGGGUCUUCCUCCUCUCGCCUAUUCAGCCCCCCCAUACCAUUCGCCCCAUCAUCUGGUUAACCAUUCCAUACCGCCACCAGGUUACGAUCAUCGUCCACUCAGACACCCUGACCCAAGAGCGUCGGCCCCUCACCACUUACCACAAGUCAGCCAUCACCAGCCUCCUCCAAGUCCUUAUGGUGCUAGUCAGCCACCUCCACAGCCGACUCCACCCACCCAGCCGUAUACUGCUUCUCAACCACCACCUACGGCUCUCUACCAGUCAACCCCGACGGCGCCAUCAACCGCUCCACCAGCUAACGGCACCGAAGAGAGCACCGAAAAGCCUCCCCCGUCUUUGCAGAUCGAUCCUCGACUAACUACUGGUCUCACUGAAACGCAAGCGAAUGGAGCCUCCAGGAAGCCUGAGGACGCACAGCCAGAGUCCCGUCCUACGGAACUGCCAGCAAUAAGCGCCAGCCAAGCACCAACUAUCACUUCGCUUGUGCACAGCAUCAACACAAGCUUACCAACAGAGAAGUCUCAGGGUGAAUCUGAGACCGACCGCCAGGGAAGCACAAGUCCUGGCGGUUCGAAGAAUGGUGCUCCUCCACAAGACAUCCCCAGCGAGAAGUUGGGAUUCCGUGAGGAUAAGAGGGCUUUGAGCAAGCUCGAUCGUGUAUUCGCUCGAGUCUAA